AUGAAAUACUUUACAAUUGCAACCUUAUUAACUUUGACAUCAUCUGCUUUAGCUGCUAUCAGGGAUGUUCAAUUGUUUGCUCAAUCUUCAAAUGAAGAAAUUAACAAUAAUGGCCUUAUUUCUAGACGUGAAGGUGCUGGAAUCAAUUAUUUGUUUUUGGCUAGUGGUGGUGCUGAAACUUUAAAAUUUGAUGACGAAACCUAUACAGUUUUCAGUGAAUUACAAACAGGUUCAACUACUGCUAGACAACUGUUGGUUGUUUCCGGUGGUGUUGUUCAAUUGAGUGUUACUGGUCAACCACUUCAUGUUGAAAUUUCUGAAGAUGGAACCGUUAAGUUUGCUGGUUCCGAUUCUGUUGCUGCUGCUAAGAAUAUCAAUGAUCCAUAUAACUACUCCAAGGAUUCAUUUGCUGUUGUUACUAAUGGUGGUGAAGGCUCAAUCCCAUUCACAAUUGUUGCCAAAUUUGUUGGUGGUGAGAAAUCUUCGUCUACUGCAAAACCUACUGAAGCUCCAACAGAAACUCCGGUUUAUUCAAACAAGACAGUAACUGUUUUCACUACUUACUGUCCAGAAUCUACUACAAUCACUUUAACUAUUUGUUCAGAAGUUUGUACACCUACUGUGAUUGAAACUUCUGGUUCAGUUACUGUUUCUUCUGUUUUACCUUCUAGUACUGAAGCUCCUCCAAAAACUUCUGUUGCAGCACCAUCAACUACAGCUGAAGCCAAAACUACUGCUCCAGUCACUUCAUAUGAAGGUGGUGCUAAUGAAAUCAUUAGUGGCGGAUCAAUGGCUGUUGCCCUUGUUGCUGCUGCUAUUGGUUUAGUUAUCUAA